AGGUACGAGUGGCAUAGAUAUCGAUCUACGCAGACUGGACAUAGAUCAAUGUCCUCUGCCACCGGGAUCUACACAGUUGAACAUAUUCGCAGCCAGUGACAAAUGCAAGAAACGAACUACAGAGGGAGAGGACAGCCAGUACGACGUUCAAGGGGUGUUCGAGUGUCUUCCUUGCGCUGAGGGUUGCGAGUCCUGCGAGGACGAUUCCCCGUGCGUGGUGUCCUUGAAUUGGCUGAUGAGGACUGCUAUCCUCAUCCUCGAGUGCUGCGUCAUCGCCUGCCUGCCCGCUGUCGCGCUCUUCACAUGGAAAUACGGUAACGUGAAGGGAAGUUCGUGAACGGAGGCUAAAAGAAACUGUGGACCUAAUAGACGGACCGAUAUGAAGUUUUGAAACGAGAUCGUCGCUUAUCGAUUCGCCACCGACGGGUGGUCGUAGAGCGAAUGGGUUGAGGGGCCGGAAGCCACGAAAUCUUGUCGGAUUAAGAACGAGAUGUAGCAGCAGCAGCAGCAGCAGAAGAAGAAGAGAGAAGGAACUGAAAGAGUUGGCUGGGGUGGCGCGCACCCCGUUUCCAUUGUCGUCUCUCCAAGUUCUCGGAUCUCUACAUCUCCGUCGAACGCAGUUGUCCAACUUGCAAUUUUCUAUUUA